CUCUCUGCAUAUUUUUUUUCCUCCCAUCCGUUUUGCGCAUUGGCCCCUCGGGAACACGGGAAUCCGUGCCAGGCCCCCUCGUCCGAUCCUCCGCAGUGCAGUCCAGCUCGCCGCCGCCCGUCUCGUCCCCGUGCGCGCCCCGGCCCCGGUUUAGCGUGCGUCCGGCGGGGAUUUCGUGCUCCGCGGGCCAGAUUCGCCGUCGUGCGGCCAGCCGUCCCUCGUCGGUAUCCGCCGAUCCGUGGCCCGGUCCAGCGGUUUGCGUCCGCGGGGUUUGGGCCGGUGCCAGGUGUGCGGCAUUGGAGGCCCUCGGCGUGGGGAUCUCCUGCCGGAGGGAGCUUUGCGGGGGGCAAAAAGCUGCCUUCGGGAGGAGCUCUUCCGGCUCCGAGGGUUUGGUUUGGUGUGCCGGGGGCGGCGGAGGCCUCGUGUUUCCCGUGUGGGGUUUGGUUGGAUUUCGUGUAGUGCGGGAGCAGAGAAGCUUGGCCUAUUUAGCGCGCCAGGCCCCGUGGUGGAAGGCCUCGCACCACCGGAGAUCUCCUCGCCGAGAGGAGAGACGCCUUCCCAAGGGAAUUCCUGCCGGCCCCCAAGGUUCUGGAUUUCCUCCUCGGCGAGAAAUCCUUGCAGUUCUCCAGGUUUGCAACUAGUGUUCUUUUGCUAUUUAAGGACUCGGCAAUUGUGUGUGUGUGAGAGAGAGAGAGACUGGGAACUUUCAGCCUGCAGAGGGUGGUGUUGUUGGGAUGGGUAAUCAGAAUGGGACCCCCGGGAACGACUACUACGGCCGGUUCCCCAGGGAGCAUCCUGCUUCCAGGUAUGCCGAUGGGAUUGAAGAGGAUAGCUACUCGGACUUGAAGAAGUCUGACAAGCCCUGGCCCGAUGCUGACUCGUUCAAGCCCACCGCCGCUGGUAUUCUCAGGCAAGGGUUGGAUCCGACAUCCAUCUCUGUACUCGGGCGCAAGACGGCGGACCUCAGGGAGCACUAUAUCCUUGGCCGGAAGCUUGGCCAGGGCCAGUUUGGGACGACGUACCUCUGCACCGAGAUAAGUACAGGGUGCGACUUUGCUUGCAAGACCAUCCUCAAGCGCAAGCUCAUCACCAGAGUGGAUGUCGAGGAUGUGCGCCGUGAGAUCCAGAUAAUGCACCAUUUGUCGGGGCACAAGAACGUUGUCUCCAUCAAGGAUGUCUAUGAAGACGUGCAGGCGGUCCACAUUGUGAUGGAGCUCUUGCCUGGCGGGGAGCUCUUUGACCGGAUUCAGGGGAACGGGCGUUACAGUGAGAUGAAGGCUGCAGAGAUUACAAGAAUUGUUGUUAGCAUUGUGGCCAUGUGCCAUUCACUUGGUGUGAUGCACCGCGAUCUCAAGCCGGAAAAUUUCCUCCUCCUUGACAAAGAUGAUGACCUGUCCAUAAAAGCAAUUGAUUUUGGCCUAUCCGUCUACUUCAAGCCAGGCCAGGUUUUCAGUGAGCUAGUAGGCAGCCCGUUCUAUGUUGCCCCUGAGGUAUUGCACAAACGCUAUGGGCCAGAGUCCGAUGUGUGGUCAGCUGGAGUGAUACUCUAUGUAUUGCUAAGUGGGGUUCCACCAUUUUGGGCAGAUACACAGAAAGGCAUAUUUGAUGCAGUUCUGAAGGGGCACCUUGAUUUGGAAUCAGACCCCUGGCCUAAGAUAUCUGACAGUGCAAAGGACCUUAUAAGAAAGAUGCUUUGCAAUUGCCCUUCAGAGCGUUUGAAAGCCCAUGAAGUGCUACGGCAUCCCUGGAUCUGCGAAAAUGGGCCGGCCACUGACGGAGUUUUGGAUCCUAGUGUCAUCUCUCGGCUCAAACGGUUCUCUGCAAUGAACAAUCUACAGAAAUUGGCUCUGAGAGUGAUAGCUGAGCGUCUUUCAGAAGAGGAGAUUGCUGGAUUAAGAGAAUUAUUCAAGACAGUGGACAUAAAAAAUAGUGGUGUGAUCACUUUUGGUGAGCUAAGAAAAGGUUUAACAAGAUAUGGCAACGGAUUGGUGGAUACCGAGAUUUGUGAUAUAAUGGAAGCGGCUGAUACAGACACCGAUGUAACCAUAAAUUACGAAGAAUUUAUUGCUGCAACCAUGCCUUUAAACAAGAUAGAGCGGGAAGAGCACCUGAAGGCAGCUUUUACAUAUUUUGACAAAGAUGGCAGUGGCUAUAUCACAGUCGACAAGCUUCAACUAGCCUGUGCAGAAUAUAACAUGGAGGGCACUCUCCUUGAAGAGAUUAUUUCAGAAGCCGAUCAGAACAAUGACGGCCAAAUUGAUUAUGCCGAAUUUGUAGCCAUGAUGCAAGGCAACGCCAACGGUGGCAAUAUUGGACUUGGGCGUCCAACUAUGGAGACCAGUCUGAAUGUGACCUUGAGAGAUGCAGCUCAAGUACAUUAAUGCACAGAUUUUGUUCUCUUCUCUAUGCCAUUAUGUUCACAGCCCAAAUUGGGCCGUGGGCAUGUACUUCCGAAGUGCGGGAAGAGAACAAGUCAUUCUUUCUGUGGCAUUUAUCGAAAAAAUAAGCUGGGCUAGCUAGUAGUACAGUCAUUGUGAGAGACAGCGUCGUGGGUUACAUAUAUAUAGUAAGUAGUUGUGUCCUGGUUCAUAUGGCUGCAAGACUGGCUGUUAUCCAGCAGGUGGAAGUAAGAGGGGGCGUGCGUCCAGUUCGUUUGUUCUUUGUGUUAUCAGUUGUGUACUUAUGUCUAAUGAAAAACCUAUCUUAAUGAGAUGCCAUAUUCCCCAAA